UUUUAGUCAUGAAGCGCACGCAAAGCGAUCACAACACCUCCCAUAAAUUAAAUUUUAGGAAUCUAUCUAAAGUCUAUUCUGCGUUUCUGAACAAACUUUGGAAUUUCAACCAUUAAUGCAGCAUGGCUGAUAGCGGCUGUCCUGUUUCCAAAUCAGAGUUGAGUGCAUUGCUCAAAGAGCAACGCCAGUUAAAAGCGACCGAAACAAGACUGAAAUCGAUGAUUGACAAAAUUAAUAACCAUCUAAACCAGCUGUUGGUGGAGGAGCUCCAACUGAAAUCAAGGGAACUGGACCACCAGUAUCCGUCAAGCAGCGCAGGGCCUGCUAUGAAAACAAGCAUCAAAACAGAAUCUCUCGUUCCCUCCGAUCAGAUUAACCAACAGGAGCUGAACCUGAACAUCCAGCACACUAAGCUGAUGAAAUCGCUAGAAGAAAGUGAAGAGGACGAGUGAUAUCCACCGAGAAUGGAUUGGUGCGAUCGUAUAGGAACAAUUAAAUUUUAAUUGAAUUUGACUCUAAACAAACCUUACAAUAUAAAUUUCAACGCCUA